AUGAAAUAAAAAGACAAAUAUACAACAGCAUGUGGGGGAUUAUCAUCUGUUAUUAUGAUAUUCCUUUUGAGCUUCAUUUUUAUUAACAGACUUAUUAGCAUUAUCACAAAAUCUGAAUAUACAGUUAAAGUGCAAACAAUAUAGAGUGCAAACCCAAAUUAUAGUGCUAUGAAUUUAGACAAUUUUAUGCUUGCAAUAAAGCUUGAGGAUCCUCUUAAAGAAUAUUAUAAAAAUUCAUCGAAAAGUUUCUUUUCAAUAUCGCUGCAUCAGUAUAUUCAAUAAAUCUCAGCAGAUGGCUCAAAGAACAGAGAGUAAUUAAGGGAAUUCAAAUUAGAAUAAUGCACUGUUGAACACUUCCAAAACAUUGACUUUCAAAAUAAUGCAUACAUAGAAAAAUAGCUCCAAUAUUAUUUAUGUCUGCCUUUAACGUAUGAACUUUAGUUACAAGGAGGUUAUAAUACAGAAACAUUAUUAUAUCCUAAAUUACUUAUUUAAUUGUGUAAGGAUGACGACAACUGUUAUUCUUAAGAAGAGAUAGAAAAAGCUUAACUAGAUAAAAAUACAGCUAUCACUCUUUCAACUCUUAUUAAAUCGACUUUAUUUUCUUCAAAUAGCACAGAUGACGAUUUACAUUAGUACAUUAAUUCUGACUUUUAUCUCUAGUCAAACCUAUAAUAAUCGAUAUACACAGAUCUAUUUUUUUAACAUAAUAAAGUUUAAAUAGAUGACAAUUUAUUAAGUUUAAUGACCACAACCAAGGAAUUGGAUUAUUGGUCCUACACUCUCAAUGAUAAUAGAUAAUUUAAUAGACAGGAUUCUAAUCUUACUAACUUAUUUGAAAUAAACUUAAGAAUAAAUCAAUAAAAUCAGAUUACGUCAAAGACAGCAUAUAGAUUAGACUAAUUUAUUUCAUAUCUAGGAGGAAUGUUGAAGUUCUUUACUGCAAUAUUUGGAGUCUUUGCUAUUAAAUACAAUUUAGUUUCAAUGAGAAUUUCUUUGGCAAAUAUUUUAUACGAUUUUAAUAUUCCUUAUUAAAAUUAAGGUAGGCUACAAUUCUCAUAUGAUAGACUACUGAAUUUUAUAUAAUAUAAAAUAAAUAGAGUUGACGAAUUACUAGUGAAACUUAAAAACUAUACUUUUUAAGUGGUUAAAUUAAGUCACAUCACUAGGAUGUGGAGUAGUGUUUCAUAGAGUCAGAAGUUAUAGAGAUAAGAGUAAUCAUAAGAACAAGCAGAAGUAACAGAACAAAAAAUCACUUAAUUUGAUAUUAAUUAAUUUACUAAAAAGUUAAUGGAAUAUAAAGAAAGUUUUAUGGACAAUUUAGUUCAAAAGAUUCUAGAUACUAGAAAUUAAUUGAGAUUAGAUUUAAACUUUUAUGUUUAUAUUCUUUUGGGGUGCUCCUGCUUUAAGAAAAUCUGGAUGACAAGGCAGCUCAUAAUUCAAUGUGAUUAAAUGAUAAAAAGGGAUUUAGAUAUAAUUACAAUACUAAGUAAAAUUCAAUAAAUUGAUAAAUUAAAAAAAACAUUACUGGAUGAAAAUUAAGUAUCAGUAUUCAAUUACACCCCGAGACCUGUCAUUUUUAUAGACAAACAUUAUCAGAUUAUCACUGAAGAUUAGUCUAGACCAAAUCAUUUAAUAACUUAAACUAACAAAUAGAAAAGAGCAAGAGUAAUCAACAAAAGAAUAAGAUUUAACACAACUAAAAAAUUCUUUAAAAUUUAUAAUUCUUAUCUUAAAUUGAAAGAAAAUAACAAUCAGAUUAAUUACAGGUUAACCUAAAUGCUUGGUCCUACUUUAGAAUUGAUUUUCUAAAAGUAUCAUGAAAUAUAAAUUGCAGCCCAAAUAAAAGAGGAUCUAAACAAAACAUAGUUAGAUAUGCAAUCCAAAAUUUCAGAAUAGUCUGUAGGUAAUAAUGAUCAUAAUAAUAAUAAUAAUAAUAAUAAUAAUCAUCAUAAUAAUAAUUAAAGAGUAGAUUCAAAGAUUUAAAUUCAUCAAUAUAUAAAACCUAAAAUGUUAGAGGAUGAUGGAGAAGAAAUAUUGUAUUCUGGUUGA